AGUUGGUACUAUUGGAAGGAAGUCUGAUACAGCUUAGCUAUUUGGCCGGUGUAUAUAUAUAUAUAUAUAUAUAUUCAAUAUUGAAAUCACCUUUUAUGAAUAUUUUUGAGUGAAUAACAUUUAUAAUAAAGUAGAAGGUGUAACAGUUUGGUGUCAGUCAUGCCAGGGAAGAGAAAAAGAAGAAAGGUUAAACGAAAGCCUUCGGCUACGAUGCCAGUUAUUGGUAGCCGAUUACCUUUUCGUCCAAUGAGUCUAUUUCAAAGAAAUGGCUCUAUAAGGAAAAAGACGACUCUUGAUCAGCGUAAACACGACCUCCAGUCUGCUCUUCUUAACGGCGGAAGGGUAUUUAAGCCUAGCUUUUUACAGUCGAACGACAAUAUUGUUAACCAAUUCGAUUUGGAUGAAAUGCGCCAAUGGAUGGAAUCCAACAAGUCGAUUGCUAAAAUGAAAAGGAAUGCCGGCCCUAUACCAGUAUCGACCCCGGUUGUACCAGGAGUGCCACCGGAAUCAGGAUAUACAACACGUGAAGGUUCCGUGUCAAGUCACGUCGCCCAAAGUCUUGGAUCUGAAUUUGAUACUUUAACAUUGUCCUCCCAAGGUUCUUUUCGUGAAGAGAAUACACUAAAUUACACCUAUAGCACUGCAGAAUGCGACUUCGAACCUAUCCCGGAGCCACCGAAAAGUUCCGAGCCUACUGAAUUUUUUUCAAUUGUACCACCACCUCCGCCUCCCCAAUCGGUUCCGGCGGUACCACCGCCUCGAAAAAACGGUAUACAAGGAAAAGUUGACCAACCCAAAGCAUCUGAUCCCGUAGAUUCCUCCCAAUCACAUAAAACGACAGAAAAGUCAACAAACGGAAGAUAUCCUCCACCUCCAGAAUCGACUAUAUCAGAUUCCAGUCGUUAUCAAACAAUCUCUAUAGGAGAUGGUUCUGAUAUUUAUGAAACAAUAGAUGAAAGUAAAAUGGCAAACAUUUAUAAUCUAAAUACCAAUGGUUCAAUGCCUACUGGGGAAAUGUUCAUUGAAACCGUGCCCGCUCCACCAUCAAUAAAUGAAGUUCUUCAUGUACCAAUAGUGCCACCUCCUCCCCCUUCAAAUGAUCUAGAAAUUGAAUCUCGUUCAAAGGGACACGUGGAUUACUCGGAACCGUUUAGAGCAAUCCCUUCUCCUAGUUCAACAGAUCUGAUACCAUCAGGGGUUCCUCCACCACCGGAAUCAGGAGAUAAAAUUUCAUCCCCACAACUUGCUCCCCGAGGAGCACCAGCGAUUCCGGAUCCUCCAAUUGCUCCAGCACCUCCACCUCCACCACAGGGAGUUGCCCCGGAUCCACCUUUUACUUCAGAGACACCAUCCUUGCAUGAGUUACCACCACCGCCACCAGUGCACACUUCAAAUCUUAAAUUACAAAUAGGCAGUUCCAGUAAGCCUCCUACAAUGCAACGACAAACUGAACCUGUCGUUUCCAAGGCUGUGGCUCCACUAAAAAUACCAACACCACCACCUAUUAGAGACAAUUUUAAUUCAUCAUCACAUACAAUAAAUGAAGAAAAUUUACCUACAGUUCCACCCCCUCCACCAAUCGAAAAAUUUGCACAAUUACGGAAAACAGAUGAUCAACUGCUACAAGCUACUAAUUCUUCACCUUCCGUUAAUCCAAAAACUGAAUUAUUACAAGCUAUUAAUAGAUUCCAAGAGGAUAAAACAGUCUCGAGAGCUCCUAAGCAAAUUGUAUUAAAUAGAGAAACGUCUGAAUCGGAGACCGUGCCUAAAAGGCCAGCCCCUCCCCCAACAAUGCCUAGAUUAAAUGCUACAUUAUCUUCAACUGUUCAAUCUAAUCAAUCGUCGGGUAUAGAAGUUCCCCGAAAAAGAAGUGUUACAGACAUUGUCAAGUCUCUUGGAAAUGAGAGAAAAAGCGAAGAUCUUCCACCGCCCCCUCCUCCUCUCGCUCCUCUUGAUUCUUUUGAAUACGCUUCAUUGGACAAUAUACCUCCUCCACCCCCAGUUGGCGGUGUUUCUGAUAAAGCAAUACCGAUUGCCCCACCCCCACCCCCACUUUCUUUAACACUUCCUACUGAUUCAUCCAAAAGAGGGCCACCGACUAAACCGAAAAUGGCUCCACCUACAGCCAAUAAACCGCAAAAGACGCAACCUGCGGUUGAGCACGCUGAAUUACUCAACCAAAUUCACCAAGGCCUUUCAUUGAAACCAACUAAGUUUGGUUCUAAGAUACGAACAGAAGAACACCAAAACGGUCAGGACACGCCAAUCUUUUCUCCUGAGGAAAUUGCACAACCUGUUCCAAAAUCUUCUCCUCCACCCACGUCUACUAAACCUAAAAAAGCCAUCAAUUUUAGUCAUUGCCAACCUAGACCUAUUUGUCUGUAUGAGAGACGAGAGAAGAACGCUGUAUUAAAACUUGUCAAUAGUCAGUUCGAAGAGGGAGAAGAAGAUACAGAAAGCACCGUUGAAGAGGAAAGUUAUCAUUGGCAAACAGAGGACGAUUUGAUAGAUUAUUCUUCGACUACUACACCUACACUAUCGCCUACUCCUACAACUACAACUAUGCCAUCGUAUAGUGACGAAUUCGUCUUCGAUCCAACUACUUGUCCAAAUUACCAACCAAUUCCUGAUAAUUGUCCAGAAUGGAAACGUUCCAUGCUCGAGGACAAGAACAAGAAAUUGUACGAAGAUGCUAAAGCCCGAUGGGAAACUGCUAGGGCUGAGGAGGAAAGAUGGAGAGAUGUUCCGGCUUGGAAGAAAAAUUUAAUUAAGCAUCAAGAACAAAGAAAGAAAGUUGAAAAUGCACCAGCUGAAGUGGAAAGACAAAAGCACGAAGCUGAAAUGGAACGACUGAAUAAGUUACCGGAUUGGAAGAAAAAUUUAAUUUUAAAGAAAAGAGGAGAAAUUGAUUAA